UGAGUAGUGAGUCGGAAAAAACCUAUAAUCCGCAAUUUAUUUCCUUUCGUUACCAAAUACCUAAAAUAAGUAUUUUUAGUUGAAAUAAAUCAAGUGUUAAUACUUAAUUAUUGUUAAAAUCGAGCGUUUUAAAAAGUUGUUAAUCAGUGUCUAUUUUUAAAACAGUGUUUUAGUUAGUGUUACACAAAAUGUCAAAAAUGGGAUCGCCGUAUUCGCAGACUUAUAAAUUAGUCGUCGUGGGCGGAGGAGGCGUCGGAAAAUCUGCAAUAACUAUUCAGUUUAUACAAAGUUAUUUUGUGACAGAUUAUGAUCCCACCAUUGAAGAUUCAUACACAAAGCAAUGUGUCAUAGACGACAUCCCAGCUAAAUUGGACAUCCUGGAUACUGCCGGUCAAGAAGAAUUCAGUGCAAUGAGAGAGCAAUACAUGAGAAGUGGUGAAGGAUUUUUGCUCGUGUACGCAGUGACGGAUAGGGCUAGUUUCGACGAGAUGUACAAAUUUCACAGACAAAUCUUACGUGUCAAAGACAGAGACGAAUUUCCAAUGCUGAUGGUCGGCAACAAAGCAGAUCUCGAGACGUCUCGCGUGGUAAGUCAAGUCGACCCAGCGUAUUUUUGA